GCGACUCGGGCUGUCUCUCUCCCACUUCGCUGUGGCCAGCCGCCUCAAACUUUCAGCCUGUUUCCGCCGCCAGGCAAAGCCCAGCUCGACAUAAAUGGUGGAGGCGAUAGUGGAGUUUGACUACAAAGCUCAACAUGAUGAUGAGCUGACGAUCACUGUAGGUGACGUAAUCACCAAUAUCAAGAAAGAUGAUGGAGGCUGGUGGGAAGGACAGCUCAAAGGCAGAAGAGGUUUGUUCCCUGACAACUUUGUAAGAGAAAUAAAGAAGGACAUGAAGAAAGAAAAUACUGCCAACAAACCACCAGAGAAGCCUAUAAAUGAAGUUUCCAAUGGAAGCCCUUUACUGUUGUCUGAGACAAUUAUUAGAACCAACAAAAAAGGAGAGAGAAACAGAAGAAGAAGAUGUCAGGUGGCUUUCAGUUAUAUGCCUCAAAAUGAAGAUGAACUGGAAUUAAAAGUUGGUGACAUCAUUGAAGUUGUGGGAGAGGUGGAAGAGGGCUGGUGGGAAGGUAUACUCAAUGGAAAGACUGGCAUGUUUCCUUCCAACUUCAUAAAGGAACUGUCUGACUCUGAUGAUGUUGGAAUAGCACAGGAAGAGCAAGUAAAACCAAGAAAAUCUGCCUUUGAAGGGACAAUUCUGUACAGAGUGGCACCGGCAAAGAUUGACAGCUACAGACGCUAUAACAGCCUAAAAGAUGCUACAGGCUCUGAGAGUGAUGGUGGUGACUCUUGCAGCACAAAAUCAGAAGGAGCCAACGGAGGCACGACAAUCCAACCCAAAAAGGUCAAGGGUGUUGGCUUUGGAGAUAUCUUCAAAGACAAACCUAUAAAGCUACGACCAAGGUCAAUAGAAGUUGAAAACGACUUUCUCCCAGUAGAUAAGAGUGUUGGGAAGAAAUUACCUCCAGCCACAGCAACUCAGGAGCCAACAAAAAUAGAAGUGGACAGCAGAACAAAAACCAAGGAGUAUUGCAAAGUGAUAUUUCCGUAUGAAGCACAGAAUGAUGAUGAACUCACAAUCCGAGAAGGUGAUGUCGUCACACUUAUCAGUAAGGAUUGCAUUGAUGUGGGCUGGUGGGAAGGAGAACUCAAUGGCAGACGAGGUGUGUUUCCAGAUAACUUUGUCAAGCUUCUUCCUUCUGAUUUUGAAAAAGAGGUAAGCAAUAGACCGAAGAAACCACCACCUCCAUCAGCUCCUGUCAUCAAACAAGGAUCAGGUACUACGGAUCGAAAGCAUGAAAUCAAAAAGGUACCUCCUGAACGGCCAGAAUGUCUUCCUACUCGAACAGAAGAAAAAGAAAGAUCAGAGAGAGAGCAAAAACAGUUAGACUUGCAGAAGCCUUCAGUUCCUGCCAUACCUCCGAAGAAACCUCGGCCACCCAAAGCAAACUCUGUGAAUAGACCUGGUACCUUGCCCCCGAGACGACCAGAAAGACCAGUUGUGCCUGUGACUCAUACAAGGAGUGAUAGUCCAAAAGUGGAAUUAGUGGGCAGUACAGUAUCCAGCACUCUAGAGAAAGACGCCUCUGAAAGAAGCAAUGACAUCGACUUGGAAGGUUUUGACUCUGUAAUACCAAUUGCUGAGAAGCUUAAUCAUCCAACUACAACCAGACCAAAAGCUACUGGCAGGCGACCACCCUCCCAGUCUCUCACGUCUUCAUCCCUUUCAAGCCCCGAUUUCUUUGACUCACCAAGUCCUGAAGACGAGAAGGAGGAACAUGUUUCUAUUACUCACAAAACUAUUGAAGUGUCAAAGAAAUCAAGAACUGUUACAAUAUCACAAGUGUCUGAUAAUAAAACUUCCUUGCCUCCAAAACCAGGAGGUUUGGCUAGUGGCAGUAAUGUACAACCAUCACUAUCCCCUUCACCAUCACCUGGAUUUCACUCAAUUCCUAUGGCAACAACAGGCCACAGGUCAAAUUCCCCAUCCCUGUUCGGUACUGAAGGAAAGCCAAAGACUGAGCCCUUGAGCCAAGGUCAGACUGCCCUGGAGGAGCUGAGAACACAGAUUAAGGAGCUAAGAACCAUCAUUGAAACCAUGAAAGACCAGCAAAAGAAAGAGAUUAAACAGUUGCUGUCUGAGUUGGAUGAAGAAAAGAAGAUCCGUCUACGAUUGCAGAUGGAAGUUAAUGACAUAAAGAAAGCUCUUCAAUCAAAGUGAAUGCUUGAUAGGUGGAAUGUUGCAUUAUUCUUCAUGACUGAGACUCAAAUUUAUGCCCCAGCCAAAAUAACUUUGUGCCAAAUGAUUUAAGAAUUGCCUCAACAUCCCUUUAUUUGAAGGAUUAGCACAACAGGUUUUGAUAGCACAACAAAAAUACCAACAACGAGGACAAAAUUCCCACCUGAAGCAGUGCUGUGUGGCACUAGUUGUGACUGAAAUUGAUCUACUUGUGCUAAAGGCUCUCUACUUCAAGAUCCUAGGUGAAAUGAAAACUCAGGCAGUUUAGUCCAUAGUGGUACUAUUUUGAUGAUAUUUUUCCAUAAAUAAAGUGUAUUUCAGAUUA